GAUUCUCUGCCACUUUCCCUGAUGCUUAUUUUCCCAUCAAUCAAUUCGGCCAAAAAAGCUUGGACACGGUACGCGUGUAUACCCUGUCUUCAGGCAAAACUCUUUCUGCUAACUUCUGCUAUCUCAAACAAUGUCAAAAGCACCAGAAGAAGAGCACCCAGUGAAGGCCUUUGGCUGGGCUGCUAGGGACUCAUCUGGGCAUCUCUCCCCUUUCAACUUCUCCAGAAGGGAAACAGGUGAAGAGGAUGUGAGGUUUAAGGUUCUUUAUUGUGGGAUAUGCCACACUGAUCUUCACAUUAUCAAAAAUGAAUGGGGCUUCUCUCAUUACCCUGUUGUUCCUGGUCAUGAAAUAGUUGGGGAAGUGACAGAAAUUGGAAGCAAAGUGAAGAAAGUGAAAGUUGGGGACAAGGUUGGAGUGGGAUGCCUUGUUGGUGCUUGCCAUUCCUGUGAGAACUGCAAAAACGACCUUGAAAGCUAUUGUCCUUCUCUCAUUUACUCGUACGCUUCAACUUACCAUGAUGGAACGCGUACCUAUGGAGGUUACUCCGAUUCAAUGGUCGCCAAUGAGCGCUACGUUGUUCGAUUCCCCGAUAGUUUGCCGCUCGAUGCCGGUGCUCCUUUACUCUGUGCUGGGAUUACAGUUUACAGUCCCUUGAAGUAUUUUGGAUUGGCAGAACCUGGUAAGCAUGUUGGGAUUGUAGGACUUGGUGGGCUUGGUCAUGUGGCUGUGAAAUUUGCUAAGGCUUUUGGUGCCAAAGUGACUGUAAUUAGUACCUCUCCAAGCAAAAAAAAUGAAGCUUUGCAACAUCUUGGUGCUGACUCAUUUUUGGUCAGCAAGGACCAGGACCAAAUGGAGGCUGCGAGGGGAACACUUGAUGGAAUCAUUGACACAGUCUCUGCUGUGCAUUCAAUUUUGCCAUUUCUUGGCCUUUUGAAGUCCCAUGGAAAGCUUGUAUUGGUUGGUAUACCAGACAAGCCUCUUGAACUCCCUGUCUUUCCUAUUAUCAUGGGAAGGAAAACAGUGGCUGGUAGUAGCAUUGGAGGAAUGAAGGAAACACAAGAGAUGAUUGACUUUGCUGGGCAACACAACAUAACAGCAGAAAUUGAAGUUAUUCCAAUGGAUUAUGUGAACAAGGCCAUGGAGCGUUUAGCAAAGAAUGAUGUUCGAUAUAGAUUUGUCAUCGACAUCGGAAACUCUUUGGCCGCUUCCAAGCCUUGAAGACUGGCUAGUAACAUCUCAAUCUGAUUAUGCCCAAAUAAUUAAUUGAAUAAGAAUUAUUAGACUUCCAUAUAUAGCUAUGCCCC